UUUGGUCGCUUGUGUGUAGGAGAGAGCAGCAGAGAGAAAGACACCAACAGGAACAGAAAGGGCAGCCCAGGAGAGACGGGCACACAGCGUCCUCCUCCAGGCCCAGGAUGGUGCUUCCCGUGGACAGGCACGCGUAGCAGUCAGAGAUGGCUCAAGACAUGUGGCUCUUCUUGGGAAUCGCUGGAUGGCUGACGGCAGCCCUCUCAGGUCUGCCGUCUCCAGGCCCUGCAGGCCAGCUCAAUACCAGCAGUGCAGAAAGCAAGACUUUGGAGGCAGGGGAGCCGCUGGGGGUCCGCCUGGUGAACGGGAGCAGCCGCUGCAACGGGACAGUGGAGGUCCUGCUCGGGAAGUCCUGGCAGCCCGUGUGCGGGGCGCUGUGGGACAGCAGCGCCUCCGAAGCUGUGUGUCGCGCCCUGGGCUGCGGCGCGGCGGGGACAGCUGCCCCGCGGGUCCUUCCGACUAUGGAGGUGUCUCCUGGGUCACCCACGGGGAACACCAGCCGGGCCCCGAACGUCACGCAGGCCCUAGCGCCAGCAGUCCUGUGCAGCGGCGCUGAGUGGCGGUUCUGCCGGGUGGUGGAGCGCCCGUGCAGCGGCGACGGGUGGCUGGCCCAGCUCACCUGUGCAGAGACCCGCGAUUUGCGGUUGGUGGAUGGAGGUAGCCCCUGCGCUGGCCGCGUGGAGAUGCUGGAGCACGGCAAAUGGGGGACAGUGUGCGACGACACAUGGGACCUGAAGGAUGCCCAAGUGGUGUGCCAGCAACUUAAAUGUGGCUGGGCAGUCCAGGCCCUGCCAGGAUUGCACUUCACCCCUGGCAAAGGGCCCAUCCACCGAGACCAGGUGAACUGCUCAGGAACUGAGGCCUACCUGUGGGACUGCCCCGGGCUGCCAGGAGACCAGUACUGUGGCCACAAGGAAGACGCCGGCGCCGUGUGCUCAGGUGAGACUCCAGGUUCUGAUCUGGCCAGUGCUGCUUAUUCACAUGCACGAGAAUGGGGGACACACUUUUGGCAGCCAGGAUCUAAAGUGCAGCAUCAGGGGUCAGCCAGAUGCGGGGCAGAGCACCAGUCCUGGCGCCUGACGGGGGGCAUAGACCCCUGUGAAGGGCAGGUGGAGGUGUACUUCCGAGGGGUCUGGAGCACCGUGUGUGACAGUGAGUGGUACUCCUCAGAGGCUGAGGUGCUGUGCCGGGCCUUGGGCUGUGGAACCACAGUGGAGCAACCCAAGGGACUGCCCCACUCCCUGUCAGGCAGGAUGUACUACUCAUGUGAAGGAAAGGAGGCCACCCUCUCUGACUGCUCCUGGCGGUUCAACAACUCCAACCUCUGCAGUCAGUCAAUGGCAGCCAGGGUCCUCUGCUCAGGUUCUCGAAGAUUGCAGAAUAUCUCUACUCCUGAAGUCCCUGCUAGUGUUCAGCCAGCCACCAUGGGGUCGUCUGCGACAGUGAAGGUGGAGGACUGGAGGUCCCGGGAGCUGACGCUCCUCAUCCCCUGCAUCCUCCUGGCAGUUCUCCUCCUUGUCUCCCUUAUCUGCAUGGCUGUCGUCCUCUUGAGAGUUAAAGGAAAAUACGCCCUCCCUGUUCCAGCGAACCAGCAGCACCUUCCCACCACCAUCCCAGCAGGGAGCAAUAGCUAUCAAGCGGUCCCCAUCACCAUCCCCAAAGAAGAAGUUCCCAAGCUGCCCAUCCAAGUCCGGGUCCCGCCCCCCGAGGACUCGAACUCCAGCUCGGACUCCGACUAUGAGCACUAUGACUUCAGCUCCCUGCCUCCCGUGGCCCUGACCACCUUCUACAAUUCCCAGAGGCACCGGGUCACGGAGGAGGAGGCCCAGCAGAGCAGGUUCCAGAUGCCCCCUUUAGAGGAAGGGGCUGAGGAGCUGCAUGUUUCCCACGUCCCAGCAGCCAUCCCCGGACACCACACUGCAGACCGUCCGUCUCUGGUCCCCCAGUUUCACCCAAGGAUCAACAGUGGGUCCAGCACAUCUUCUGGGGAGGAUUACUGCAACAGCCCCAGCACCAAGCCACCUCCGUGGAACCCCCAGGGGUUUUCUUCAGAGAGGAGCCCCUUCCAGGAGCAGCCCCCCAACUUGGAGCUUGCUGGGUCCCAGGCAACUUUUGCAGCAGGGCCCUCGGCUGAGGACAGCUCCAGCACCUCAUCUGGCGGAGAGUGGUACCAGAACUUCCGGCCGCCACCUCAGCUCCCCUCGGUGGAACAGCUCGAGUGCCCAGGGACCCACAACCCCCAACGGGACUCCACCGACCAGGAAGACUAUGAUGACAUCGGAGCUGCCUAGACUGGGUCCAGCCCGGCUCCAGGGAGGGCCCCUCUCGGCCCUCCUGCUCCCCUCUCCCUGCCUUCCAUCAAUCCCAGGGGUCAAGGCCUUCCCUGGGGAGGUGGAAGGGAACACCCCGGAACCCCGCAGUCUCCGUCCAUCCAGCAGACUGCCCACACGGCCCCAAACAGUAGCCCCUGAUGGGGGCGGCCCCGGAGGGUGGGCUCCCUCUCAGGGUGAACAAGCAGGGCUUGGGCCAUCUCUCUGCAGCUGCUGGAGGGUGGUGCUGGGUGAUCCUAAAGCCCCUGCCACCCUUGGGUGUCGGGGCAUUGAUUUCCUGAGCCUCAGGUAGCUCAGAGGUACUAAGAGUGGCAGAAAGGGCUCAUCCUGAUGCCACCCAGAGAGGCCCUGACUGGGAUGGCUGAGCACAGCACCUGAGAGGUGGGUGCCAGCCACACACACUGGCUGAGCCAGGCCCUCACUCGCUGUGGUCACUGCACUGUUCCGCCAGCUGUCAGCAAGCAGGAUGACCAUGCGUCCCACCUAAGAGCCAGGGCCCCGGGCCAGUCCUGCCUCUGAGACUACCACGGACCCAGACGUUUCUGCUGUGCCCAUCCCUGGACAGCUGAUCCUUAUUCUGAGCUUCUUAUGGUUUAUGAGAACUUGGGGGCCCAGUCCCCAUGGGGGAGGGGAACAGAGAUGAUUUUCAGGAAGGGCCCAGAGACUGCACCAAGCCCCGGGUGAACCAGAGAAUAUGCAGCGCCCCGCUGAGAGCCACACGUGUCCAGGCAGCCUCCAGAGGCUCAGCCAGGCCUUUGGCGUCCUGUGCUGAUGAUCCUGAGAUUAAACUGAAAUGCUGAAUGAAACCA